AUGGCUACAAAUGAUGGUGAACAAGAAACUGUACAACAAUUGAUAGAAAAACUACUUGAUGAGGAAGAAAAAACACAACAAGUAAUCAAACAACUUGAUGAUGAAAUCAAAAACAUAAAACGUGAAUCUGAAGAAAUUCAGCUGAUCGAGGAAACAAAACAUCGAGAUGAAAUCGAAAAAAUGAAACAUGAAGCUCAGGAUAUGCAACAAAUCGAACAAGCAAUACAUCAAUAUGAAAAUAAAAAAAUCAAUCGUGAAACGGAAACAUUGGAACGUGAACUUGCAAUACAUAAACAUAUAAAUGAAAGAUUGGAUCAUCAACUUGAAAUAAUAAAACGUACAAAUGAAUUGAAGAGACAAAUCGAAGAAGCAAAACGGCAACAAAUACAUGAAGCUUGCCAACGAAAACCACGGAAGUUAGAAAUCGAAUCCGAUUCAUCAUCAACUCAAAAGCGCCUUAAGGUAUUUAAAUUUCAUAAUGACUGUUACUAUAUCGAUAUACAUGAUGAUUUGCAAUCAUUCGACAUGGAGGUAAUAUUAAAGGAUAAUAAUUAUUUUAAUGAUAAUAUAUUAAAUUAUAUUGAACAUUAUUCAAAUCAAUUUUCAUCAUAUCCUAAAUUAAAUGAAGAAGAAAUUCAAAAAGGAUUUGAUCAAUUAAUUGUUAAUUUAUUAAAUACAUUGAAUAAUUCUACAUCAUUGAAAUAUUUAAAUACAUCUUUUUCAUAUUAUUUAAAAGAUAAGUUUAAUCCUCAUUGUACAUUUAUACAUAAAAAUAUAAAUAUCAAUAUUGAUCAAGAAAAACCAUGUUUAGAAGAUUUUGUCGUUUGUCUUGGUAAUUUAAUAUCUCCAUAUGUUUCUUUAUCCGUAAAUUCAAUGAUUGAAGAAAUAUUACUAUAUUUGAAAAUUAUAUUGGAAGUACAACAUCGUGAAACGAUAUAUGGUUUUCUUAGUAAUUAUACACACAUCAAAUUUUUUUAUGUGAAAAAUAAAUCUAAUUCGGAUUCAUAUGAAACUUUUCAAAGUCAAGAAUUAGAAAUGUUUACUUAUUUGUCAGAAUCAUUAUUGUCUAUUGAGAAGUCAACAACAACAACUGAAUAUACAAGAAAAUUAGGUGUUAAUAAAGAUACAUGGAAAAUAUUUACAAAUUUUUUAACAAUGAAUAUUAACUUUUAUCAAUAUACAAGAUUAAAUAUAGAUCCAAAUGAUGAUUUACUUGGUGAUCGAUAUAUGAUAAUAAAAAAAUUAGGCAUUGGUUUAACAUCAAUGGUUUAUUUAUUAAAAAAAAUGAAAAUAAUCAUUCAAUUGAAGAUUCACCACAUCAUGUAA